GUACUUAAAACUCUCAAGCCUCUCUCCUUUCAGCUAUGAACAUCCAUGCCAUGUGGGUGAGUUUAGUUUAUCGUAAGUAUGUAGCGUAUAGUUUUACGUAUAUAUUUUUGUUGUACAAGUGCAGGACACGUGACUAAAUUUCAGACAAAAACCUUGGACGAAACGAUAAUCACGGGACUUUUAAUGCAAUAGAAGAUGCCGCAUACGGUCGUGGUUGUCGUCUUUGCUAUCAUUUUGUUUCUGGUCCCCGGGCAAACGUUACUGACAACUACCGUUGCCGCCGACCGUCAACAAGACUUUGACAGCGGCGAUGGCGAUGGUGGAAUGAAGUCGCUGGCUAUUGAGCUAAUAAAAUUGUCUAUACUGAACAAACUGGGUAUGCAGCAACCACCGGAGUUUGGCGAUCGACGGCUACUGCAAGUUCAACUUCAAAAAUACCAUAACAACAGUGGCAGUUCCACGGUGACUGCCCCGCAAUUCCAGAACAGGUUGCACCACCUAAACGCGACCAGAAACAACACUAUUAACGUCAACAAUUACAACGACUAUGACGAUAAUUAUCAUGCACAGACGCAAAAGCUCAUAGCGUUUGCUCAGCCACAUCCUACAACGCAGAAUUUACAAGGACAAUAUCCACUUUACUUUGCGUUUUCCGACCAAACUCGCCAUUAUCGGAUCACCAAAGCAAUCCUUUGGGUAUACAAGAGAAUGUUGGACGUGGUCAUCGACAACUCGGUGAUUAUCAUCAAUGUGUACAAAAUUAAUCCAAGAAACUUACAACAGUCAUUAGUUUCAAGCGUAGAGCAAGUGUUCAAUACCACCAAACCAGGCUGGGUGCCUAUUGAGUUACAGAGAAACAUGUCCGACUGGUUUAAAACUAUGGAUGGGGCUAAGAACUUAACAUUAGUGGUACAAGCGUACUAUAUUAACAAGAAUACUACAUAUGACAAGAUGCCAUAUAUAACGAAUGCUAGGAAAAGAGAAGACAAUAUGACUGAGACCCCAUAUUUGGAGGUGCACACCCACUACGGAUAUCGUAACAGACGGGAAGCAAGGUACGAGUCAUCAACGUGCAACGAUACGACCUGCACAUCACAAACCCGGUGCUCUAGGUACCCGGUGAUGAUUGAUUUUAAUAACAUUGGUUGGAAUUGGAUCCUCGCGCCUAAAAAAUUCAAGUUUUACUACUGUUUGGGAGAUAAUAUGUCCACAGGAGAAUGCAGUUCAUCGAUUCCAGCGCAUUCCUCGCGUCCUACUAGCGAGCAAGAAUUACAAAUCUCCGUCAAAGGUCGGUGUUGUGUGCCACAUAAGACGUCAAAAUUUACCCUAUUUUACAUGGACAGCUUAGGAAAUAUCUCCUUGUCGGUGAUACCCAACAUGGUUGUGGAUGAAUGUAGAUAAUAACAAAGUUUCAACUUCAUCGCGCGUUCACUGCUGUAACGGUUUUUAUACACACGAUAAAUAUAUAUAUAGACUAGAAGAGCCAGUAUACACCUGUAUUAAAUACAAUUGAUCACGUUUGUUUGGACAAACGUAUUUUCAUCAUUAUUGAGUUAAAAUUUUAACAAGCGUGUUUAUUGUGCCGUAAAAUAUAUUGCAAUCUUGUAUAAUUAACGUACAAAA